AUGAUUCAGCUAUUUAAAAAAACCCAGAAGAUUCGUAGGUAUUAUUUUAAUAAAGGUAAAUUCAAACUAAAUUAUUUCUUAGCUAUUACGCUAAAUAAAAUGAAUAGAUAUGAAGAAGCUCUGCAAAAUUAUGAUUCAGCUAUUUAGAAAAAUCCAGAAAAUUCAGACUAUUAUGAUGGCAAAGCUGAUACUCUAUAAAAAAUGAAUAGGUUGGAAGAGGCUUUGGAAAAUUAUGAUUUAGCUAUUUAAAAAUAUCCAUAAAAAUCUAUGUAUUAUUUCAACAAAGCUUAGACUCUAGUUAAAAUGAAUAGAUUCGAAGAAGCUUUGGAAAACUAUGAUUAAGUCAUUUUAAAAAAUCCUGAAGAUUUAAUGUAUUAUUUCAACAAAGGUAUGAUUUAAAUUGGAUGA